CGAAGGAUUGUAUCACGUAAGCGGAAGAGACGCUCCAGGAGACCCGCCCCUUCCUCAUCUGUCGUCGACGAUUCUCCUCAAUAUUGCGCUGGGAUCUGCGUCCAAGCCCGUGGCCGAAUUUCUGGGCUCUCAAAUUCUGAAAACCACUAGACUAAACUCGCGCCGACUUCAAUUCUGACCACAAUCCAUACCCGCACAUCAUCCGGUCACCCAACCCCCUAAAAUGGCAUCAACAACCCUCCUCGGCCUUUCUCUAACCCUCACACCCCCUCUCCUCACCCUCCUCCGCCUCUCUCCACUCCUCUCUUCAACCGCCAGCCUUACACACGCCUACAUGGAACUCGUUACAACCUCCUCCUUCCUCGCCGCCGCGCCCACGACUAGUGCUCUCACCACCACCAUCACAAAAAACCCCGCAACUCCUACUUCUACCCUAUCCGCUGCUUCCGGCGCCGCUCUUGAGUCUGCAAAAGACCUCGCGAUACCGGCUUGGUUCACUAAUUUCUUCAAUCGCGCCCUGUGGAGCGUUAUUGGUUUCAAUACUAUUACGACUUGUACUGCGGCUGCGAACUUAUUCCUCUUCCCACUGUCCCAGACCUCAGCCCCAGACACACUCUUCGCACCGAAGAAUCUAUACGCUGCAGGCCUGGUCUUCGCAAUUGGGCAUUACGUCGGCGUUCCGCUUGUUGCGCCGAGUGUAGAGGCUUUGAUGAAGAUGUGUGUUGAGCAGGAGAAGGGUGGAAAGGAGGUCAUGGAGGCGAAGAAGGAAAAAGGAAAAGCGAGAGAGUUGUUGGCCCAGUGGGUGGGAGUGCAUAAAGUUAGGAUGGGGACAGUGGAUCUUUGGGCUUGGUGUUGUUUUACUAUUGGCGCUGUGGGCGCUUUGAGUUAGGUACUUUGAAUUAUUGCGUGUGGGUGUGUGGUAGACCGGAUGAAGUGGGCGUAGCAGGUGUGUGGAAACGCUGACUGGUACUGCCUUUUAUGGACUCAUGGUACUGCCUAUUAUGGAAUCACGGUACUGUCUAUUAUGGAAUCGACAUGAACCUAAUGGGUUUAAUUUGAAUGUGUCUCUGGCUAGAAUUGAAAAGAGUAUUGCUUCCGUGCAGAUUUCUGCCAGGAAUUCACCCGUUUAAUCGUUAUCCUCAACUCUAAAA